AUGUUACCUGUUCAAAUUUUGAAAGAACAAGCUCAAGAGGAGCGAGGAGACAGUGCUCGUCUUUCCUCCUUCGUUGGAGCGAUCGCCAUUGGUGAUUUGGUAAAAUCGACUUUGGGUCCUAAGGGAAUGGAUAAAAUUCUAAUCAGUGGAAUGGAUGGUGCUGGCAUUAAUGUCACCAAUGAUGGAGCCACGAUUUUGAAAUCUAUUGGAGUUGACAACCCAGCUGCUAAAGUCCUAGUUGAUAUGUCCAUGGCUCAAGACAAUGAAGUUGGAGACGGUACCACAUCAGUUACUGUUUUAGCCGCUGAGCUGUUGAAAGAGGCUGAGAAACUCGUCAACCAAAGAAUUCAUCCCCAAACUAUCAUUUCUGGAUAUAGAAGAGCUUUGAAAAUCGCUCAAGAAGCAUUGAAAAAGUCGAGCAAUCCUUCAGGCUCCAACUUGAGAGAGGAUUUAUUAAAGAUUGCUAAAACCACCUUGGGAUCCAAGAUUCUUAGCCAGCACAAUGAUCAUUUUGCUGCCCUAGCCGUUGAUGCGGUCCUUCGUUUGAAGGGUUCUGGAAAUUUGGAUGCUAUUCAAAUUAUCAAAAAGUUGGGAGGAGCCAUGAAUGAAUCUUAUUUAGAUGAUGGAUUCUUAUUGGAGAAACUUCCUGGUAUGUAUCAGCCCAAGAGAGUUGAGAAGGCUAAGAUUCUCAUCGCUAACACUCCUAUGGAUACUGACAAGGUUAAAGUGUUCGGCUCUCGCGUCCGUGUUGACUCUGUCGCCAAGGUUGCCGAGUUGGAAGCCGCUGAGAAGUUGAAGAUGAAGGAAAAGGUAGACAAAAUCCUCAGCCAUCAAGCCAACGUAUUCAUUAAUCGCCAACUUAUCUAUAACUACCCUGAGCAAUUGUUUGCCGAUGCCAAUGUGAUGGCAAUCGAGCAUGCUGACUUUGAAGGAAUUGAACGUCUUGCUCUUGUUUUGGGAGGAGAAAUUGUGUCGACUUUUGACACACCUGAAAACGUCAAGUUUGGAUCUUGUGAUCUCAUCGAACAGGUUAUGAUUGGAGAAGACAAACUACUCCGUUUCAGUGGAGUCCCAUUAGGAGAAGCCUGUUCAAUUGUUCUCAGAGGUGCCACUCAACAAAUCUUAGAAGAGGCUGAACGUUCACUUCAUGAUGCUCUUUGCGUUCUUGUGACUCAUGUCAAGGAUUCUAAGACCGUUGCGGGAGCUGGAGCUUCUGAAGUUCUUAUGAGCAGUGCUAUAACCGUUGAAGCUCAAAAGGUUGCUGGUAAAGAGGCUCUUGCCGUAGAAGCUUUUGCUCGCGCUCUACUCCAACUCCCAACAACCAUAUGUGAUAAUGCUGGUCUUGAUAGUGCUGAAUUGGUAACACAAUUAAGAGCCGAGCAUGCCAAUGGAAACCACGCUUGUGGAAUUGAUAUUGAAAACGGCGAAGUCACCGACGUUAUCAAGCUUGGUAUUAUUGAAUCUUUCAACGUGAAGUUGUGUAUGGUUUCUGCCGCGGCUGAAGCUGCUGAGCAAAUCUUGAGAGUUGAUGAUAUCAUCAAAUGCGCUCCUCGUGCUCGACCUGCUGACCACAGACCUUGUUAA